AUCAGGAAACGAGUUGUUGCGUUAUUUUAAACAAAUUUCUUAUUCCACUAAAUAAGAUUACAAUUUCAAAAUUAUACAAAGCGCUUGAACCAACGGUAGAAUAAUAUUACGAAUAUUUUAAUUCAUAUAAAUGGAUGUGUCUCCUUUAAAGUCGCUUAAUAUUGUUCGAUAAUGAAUUUAAAAUCUGCUUUUAUUUUAAAAAGAAAAAUAUAUUUUACUAGAGUACAAUUUUUUAAACCUUAUAGAUUUUUAUCCAGUGGUAUAUAUGAUCAAACCAGAGUAGUUGUUACGGGGUUAGGAAUAGUUUGUCCGCUUGGUGUUGGAGUGAAUCAUGUAUGGAAACGACUUCUCAAGGGAGAGACUAGUGCAAGUUCUCUGACAGAUGCCGCAUAUUCAGAUAUUCCUUGUAAAGUUGCAGCUUUUAUACCAAGGGGAGAAAAGAAUGGGGAAUUGAAUUUAACAAAACAUUUUCGCCCAUCAGAUUUUAAGAAAUACUCUUUUUCUACAGUGUGUGCUUUGAUUGCAGCAGACGAAGCAAUCAAAGACGCAGCUUGGUUUCCAAAAACUAAUGAUGAAUAUGAAUACACAGGAGUAGCCAUUGGAACUGGUGUAAUUGAUUUGAUGGAUGUAUUUACAACUGGCAUUUCUUUAAAAGAGAAAGGAUACAGAGGAAUGUCUCCUUACUUUGUUCCCAGGAUAUUAUCAAACAUACCAGCAGGUCAUAUUGCAAUAAACUACGGCUUCAAAGGUCCAAAUCACUCUGUAUCCACUGCUUGUGCAACUGGUUUACAUGCCAUUGGCGAUGCAUAUAAUUUUAUCAGGAAUAAACAAGCAACUGUUAUGGUUUGUGGUAGUGCGGAAGCUGUUAUCAGUCCCAUUUCUAUUGCUGGCUUUUCUAGGAUGAGAGCCCUUUCUACAGCUUUCAAUAAUGAACCAUUCAAGGCAUCUAGACCUUUUGAUAGAGAUAGAGAUGGUUUUGUUAUGGGUGAAGGAGCAGGUGUAUUAGUUCUUGAAUCACUUGAGCAUGCUCGUCAGAGAGGGGCAAAGAUAUAUGCUGAAGUUCUAGGUUAUGGUUUGUCUGGAGAUGCAUAUCAUAUUACAUCACCACCAGACAAUGGUAGUGGGGCUUAUCGCUGCAUGAAACAUGCAUUGGCUCAAAACAAUCAUGAACCUUCAGAAGUUGGUUACAUAAAUGCUCAUGCUACUUCAACUCCUCUUGGUGAUGGAAUUGAACUCAAAGCUAUUUACAAUCUCUUUAAAGAACAUUCUAAUUCUUUAGUUGUGUCUUCAACUAAAGGUGCUACUGGACAUCUAUUAGGAGCUGCUGGUAGUGUUGAAGCCAUAUUUACAAUACUGUCAUGCUUUUCAAAAAUCAUACCUCCUAAUGUGAACUUGGAUAAUCUUGAUGUCAAUUUACCUAUUAAUGUAGCUGGUAAAAGUUCUCAACCAUGGCCUGAGAAGAUUCAAAACAGGAGAGUAGGAUUAACUAAUUCUUUUGGAUUUGGUGGUACUAAUGCUUCAGUUGUGUUUUGCACAUCUGAUAUAGAUUGUUAUUCAUGAUGCUUUUUAGACAGGUAUUAUCUUUUGUAAAUAUAAACAAAUAUACAUGAUUAAUUUACAAAUUAUUUAGCUUUUUUAUGCAUUUUCCAUAAUGUAAAUUAUAAUAAAUAUUUUCAUAAAAUAUUAAUAGAAAAUAAAAUUAAUAUAUUUCAAUACAAG